AUGGAGGAUGUUUAUGUGGGUGAAUACAAGAUUGGUAGCUUAUUAGGAACCGGAAACUUUUCAAAGGUUCGAAAGGCAACGGACAGUCAGGGCCGUUUAUGGGCUAUCAAAAUUAUCAACAAGUCUCGCUUAAAAAUGGAGAACAUGGAGGAUCAAAUGCUGCGUGAAGUUGCCAUUAUGCGAAACAUGCGGCACCGAAAUAUUGUAAAGCUCAAGGAUGUUCUUCAAUCAAACAAUCAUUACUUCAUUGUCUUAGAACACGUUUCGGGAGGUGAGUUGUUCGAUAAGAUUGUCGCAGCAAAGCGCUUUGACGAACCAACCGCUCGGAAGUACUUUCACCAGCUUAUUGCUGGGAUGUACUACUGCCACUCCUAUGGAUUCGCGCAUCGCGAUCUGAAACCUGAAAACCUCCUGCUAGGCGAAAACGACACUUUGAAGAUCUCCGACUUUGGAUUGAGUAACUUGCAACAAGAUGUUUUACUGCAAACUGUUUGUGGUACACCCAACUAUGUAGCCCCUGAAGUGCUUAUGGAGCGCGGCUAUAACGGCCUGUCUGCCGACAUCUGGAGCUGCGGUGUCAUUCUGUACGUCAUGCUGGCAGGGAGGCUGCCUUUUGAAAGCAAGAAUAUGAACUCGCUCUUGGCAAAGAUUGAGCAUGGUGAGUACCAGGUAAUCAAACAUAUUUCGAAUGAGGCAAGGGACUUGAUUGCGCGCAUGAUGAUGGUAGAUCCUCGAAAGCGCAUAUCUAUAGAGGAUGUGAUUAAGCAUCCUUGGUUUCAGGUCGAUUGGAAUCCGCAGUUCCUCGAGAGCGAAGAUGACUAA